GCCGGAAGGACCCUUGCUCUUUGCUCCUCUCAGCGCGCAGAGACGAUCUUUUAUUUUUUUUAUUUUUUGUUUUGAAGUGUGCGUGGUUUUCAGUUUAUAUCGGAUAUUAUUCAGACGUUUUUUUUGUUUGAUUGUCUUUGUCGGUUGCUGCAGCUGAGAUCGGCAUCAUGUUCAGAUUCAGCGCUCGUCGAUUCCACUGCUGACCGCUCAUUAUGAACUUCGGCGUGUGGCGCGAUGUGGUGGGCUGGGUUCCAUGGGCGUGGCUGUGGCGACGGGGCCUCGUGCUCCUGCUGGUGGGCGUGGUGGGCGUGAGCUUCCUGGUGCGGGAGCGCUCCCAGCUGAGAGGCUCCAUGCCCGUCGAGAGGUCCUCCGAGGUCGACUUCACGGCGCUGGAGGAGGCCGAGGCGCUGCCGGGGCUCACCACGCCAGAGCCGAUGGCCGAAAGCAGCGAGGAGGCGGCUCCCGACGUCCCCUGCGUCAGCCCUUCGCCGGUCCCUGCUCCUCCGCCGUCCCCGUGCCCUCUGGAUGUCCCGCAGGAGACGCCGCAGCCUUGCCCUGAUUGCCCCGAGUGCCCUGCGUGUCCGGACUGCCCCUCGGUUCCUCCUCCUCCCCCUGCCCCCACGUGCCCGCCCUGCCCGAAACCCAUCCGGUGCCCCCUCCGGACGAGGACACUGCCGUGCCCCAAGCCUCCUCCUGCUGCCUCUUUAAUAGCCACUUCCUCUUCCUCUCCUUCUUUUUCUUCGUCGUCCUCUUCUUCCUCUCCCACUUCCUUCUCCUCCUCCUCCUCCUCCUCCUCUUCCUCCCCCUCCUCCUCUUCCUCCCCCUCCUCUUCUCUCUCUCCCUCCUCCCCCCCGCCAUCGCCUCCCUCUUCCUCCCAAGCAUUGCUUAUCGAGGAAAAGGGCGCGUCGUCCCCGUCCCCUUCCUCUCCAAGGACGUCAUCCAGCAGCUCUGCCGUGGCCGCCGUGUCCCCCGAGGCUCCCUCCUGCCGCCCCGGGCCAGAGGCGCUGCAGAAGGCCUAUCGACGGCGCCUGGCGAAGACUCUAGCUGACCUGCAGAGGCAGAUUUCACGCCUGGCAGGCCGGCGGGCGGUGGUGGACGCCAAGUGGUCGCUCGUGCUGCGGGGCCUCGUUCAGGAGCUCGACCCUCACCUCUCCUCCUCCUCGAACGUCUCGUGGGACUUCUCGGCUCGGCUCCCGUCCAGUCCUCCCCCCUCCUCGGACUCCUCCCCCGCGCCCACUCCCCUGCGUGGGCGCCACGUGUGCCCCGAGGUCUACCUGGGGCGCCGCUACGACCACCCUUACAACCAGCACGGGAUGGAAACGACCAACUGCACGGGCGUCGCUCCAUUCCGCAGCGUCCUGACGGCCCUGCUGCCGGCGAGAUCGUGGGCGCCUGAGGACCUUGGAUUCGUCGUGGCGCGCAUCAGGACGCUGUAUGACAUCCCUAUCGUGGCCAUAAGAGCCGAGAGGCCGACCGAGGACCAGCGCAUCGCCGGCGUCCGAUAUCUCUCGGCCGCAGCCAACGCCUCUGACGCAGAUCUUCUCAACGAAGCCGUGAAGCUGGUGGAGACGCCCUUCGUGCUGUUGGGGGAGUCGCUGGCGCACUUCAACAACCAGUCGUCGCUGGAGCGCCUCGUGCGGGUGCUGGACGACCUGGAUCACGUGCAGGUGGCCGGGGGCGCCGCCAGGGACACGCGCGGCCACUGGAGCCACGGCUGUCUGCAGCAGCACAUGGCCAACUACCAGGCCAAGUACACACUGGGCUACUACCACUCCAAGUACGAGUGCAUGUACUGCGACGACCUCCUCACCCCCUUCGUCACGAGAACCAAGCUGCUUCAGUCGGUCGCCUUCAGUGCCGGUCUCAGCGGACAGGCUGUGUACCGAGACUGGUUCGCCAAGGUGCGCGGCGCAGGCCACCUGGCCGUGCUCUGCCCCGACGUCAUGUUCUUCCUCGGCGGCCACGUCAACAUGACGGCCGACGACUGGCUCCCCGUGGCCCGCCGGUGGGCCCUGCAGAAGGUGACCUCCUUCUCGGGCGAGACCUUCCUGUUCCCGUGCGAGGACGUGGGCAUCAAGUGCACCAACAUCAAGGCGAUAACCAAGUGGUACUUGCUGCCGCCGUGCUGCCUGGACGUCGCCAUGGAGGACGUCCGCGUCCUGGUGGACUUCGCCGAGCGCGAGGGCCUCGAGUACGAGCUGCAGGCGGGCUCCGUCCUCGGCGCCCUCAAAUUCGGGUCGUACCUCCCCUGGGACAUGGACCACGACGUAUACGUGGAGUGCAAACACUUCAAGAAGUGGACGCAGAAGUUCGGCGCCAUUGUCAAGGGCAGGAACUGCACGCCGAAGGUCAAGUACAAGAACGUGUUCCUCAAGAUCAUCUGCCCUUCGUUCACGAUGGACAUCUUCUGUCGGGACACACUUAGCAGGAAGUUCCUCCCGAAGGAGUACGCGGACACGCCCACCUCCAUCCUGUACGGCGGCCACUGGACCAAGGUCACGGCCAACCCAGGGCUCUUCGCCAGGAACAGCAUUGGCCUGGAGGUCCUGAAGCAUGUGCAGCACUCCAGCCACAUCCUCAACGCCCAGAAGCGGAGAGGCACCAGCGCCGCCCCCGUCGGGAGGCCGGGCACGUGGCUCAGGUGUAAGAACCCCAACCACCACGCGUGCCUCGACAGGUUCCCCGCCGACGGAAACCUUCCUUUUGUCUUCCCGUGAAUGGGUUCGGUCAUAUGGGACACACACACACACACACACACACACACUCAGACACACACACACGCACGCACGCACGUCCACACACACAGUAACACAAUCACAGCAAUAUACCCAUUUAUUUUGUCUGAGGAAAACAAAAACAAAAAAAAAAACAGAAAAGAAUCUCACUUUAAAACGUUUUUCAAUCUUCAUUCAUUUCUUCCCCAUCACCAACACUCUCAGUUUCACUUAGCAUAUCAAUCAUCAUAUCAUAGCCAUAUAAAAGAAAACUCGGGUGCAUCAAACUACCUAUUGUACCAAGACAACAGUUUAUGGUAGCUGUUGUACCCUGUUCCAAAUUGCACCAGCAAGUUAGUCCUUGUAGUAGAAAUAGUAGUAGUAGUAGUAGUUUUAGUGAUAGCAUUAGAAAACGUAGGUCAUUGAGCUUAGUUUCACCCCCUCCAUGGAAAAUCAUCUAUUAAGAUAAGUAUAAUAGUAAGUAUGUAUAACUUCAUAGAGACUUGAGUUAUAUAAAUGUAUUUCGAUCUAAUAUACACAUUUAUCAGACUGAAAUCAUAACGCAAUCGUGGUGGAAGAUAUAGCCUUGCAAUACAUCAUUUGCAUAUCUUGUCGUAUGGAAUUAUUAUUUAUCACACAAACCAUAUCUACGCCUUUCAUAUUUCCUGUUGCAGUUAUUAGUAUAGUUAUCUGGGUCAUAAAAAACUGCAGUUUAUCUUGAAAACAUCUCUGAUAAGUAUAUUGUACGAGUGAGAAACAUUCCUCUUGACAUUUGAUCAUUCAUCCUCGCGUUUUGUGUUUGUUUGUUUCUGUUUGUCUGACUGUUUGUUUGUUUGUGUGUGUGUGUGCGUGUGUUUCUGCUUUAUUUACUUCUGUUUGUAGUUUCUAUUUUUGCUAUACUUUUUUUGUCUUGGUUUUCUUAUCUUCUUCAUUAUUAUAUAAUAUUUUCUUUACGUUAUUUCUUCUUUACCUUUUUAUACACAAUCAUUUUCUUUCUUUCUUCUUUCCUUC